AUGGAUUCUCCUAUUCCAUUUUCUAACUCUCACGGCUUCGUCAAUCUUCUAACUAGCCAACAACAAGAAAACCCAAACCCAUUUACUUACCCGCACGUAAUAGACCUUGGAUCAUCAGAAACCUUCCCUCGGUUUAGUAGUCAAAGGUCUGAUGAUCCAACCACACCUGGUGAAUCGAGUAAGCAGCUGAGGCGACAGUGGACACCUAAGGAGGACGUGGUGUUAAUCAGUUCGUGGUUAAAUACUUCCAAGGACCCGGUGGUGAGUAAUGAGCAGAAGUUUGGCGCAUUUUGGAAGAGGAUCGAAACCUAUUUCAACGGCACCCUCAAGCUUAGUGGAGAGAAUGCUAGAUCGGCGAGUCAGUGCAAGCAAAGAUGGGGUCGUCUGAACGAUCAAGUCUGCAAGUAUGUGGGCUGUUUUGAGGCUGCAAAGACACAGCAAACUAGCGGCCAAAAUGAGAACGACCUCAUGAAGGCAGCUGGAGAGAUUUUCUACAACGACUAUGGCGUUAAAUUCACUCUUGACCACGCAUGGAGAGAGCUCAGACACGACCAGAAGUGGUGUGCGACGACAGCUAACAAAGAAGGAGACAAGGGCAAACGCAGAAAGCUGGAGGCCUCUACAUGUCAGUCAUCCAGCUUUAAUGAUGAUGGCGUCAACGACGAUGUUUCCCAGCCACGUCCGAUUGGUGUUAAGGCUGCGAAGAAAGCUGCUGCGUCCAAGAAUAAAGGAGUCCACAAUACGACAGAGCAGGCGGCUGAGUGUGUGCAGAGUGUGUGGAAAAUAAAACAAAAAGAUUUGGAGAUGAGAGACAAGCUAACCAACAAGAAACUGCUCGACAAGUUACUAGCUAGAAGCGAAUCACUCUCUGACAGAGAAGUGGCCCUGAAAAACCAACUGAUUAAUGAAUUGUUACAAUAA